CGGAGGCCGCUCGGAGCUGCGCGAACAUGGCCGAAGUCGGCGAGGACAGCGGGGCCCGCGCCCUGCUGGCGCUGCGCUCGGCGCCCUGCAGCCCCGUGCUGUGCGCCGCCGCCGCCGCCGCCUUCCCGGCCGCCGCGGCCCCCGCCGCCCCCGCCGCCCCCGGGCCGGCCGCCCCGUCGCCGCCGCCACCCGCCCAGCCCCCGCCGCCGCCGCCGCCGCCGGGCGCGAUCGCGGGGGGCGCGGGGGGCGCGGGCGCGCCGGGCGAGGCCCUGGUGGCCGCGGCGGCCGACUCGGUGCGUCGGAGCCCGGGGCCGGUGCUGGCGCGCCUCGAGGGCCGCGAGUUCGAGUUCCUCAUGCGGCAGCCCAGCGUCACCAUCGGCCGCAACUCGUCGCAGGGCUCGGUGGACGUGAGCAUGGGCCUGUCGAGCUUCAUCUCGCGGCGCCACCUGCAGCUCACCUUCCAGGAGCCCCACUUCUACCUGCGCUGCCUCGGCAAGAACGGCGUCUUCGUGGACGGGGCCUUCCAGCGGCGCGGCGCGCCCGCCCUGCAGCUGCCCAAGCAGUGCACCUUCCGCUUCCCCAGCACGGCCAUCAAGAUCCAGUUCACGGCGCUCUACCCCCAGGAGGAGGCCCCCGCCUCGCCGCUGCGGCCGCUCUACCCCCAGAUCUCCCCUCUGAGGAUCCACAUUCCGGAGCCGGACCUCCGGAGCCUGGUCAGCCCCAUCCCCUCCCCGACCGGCACCAUCAGUGUUCCCAACUCCUGCCCGGCCAGUCCACGUGGGGCCGGCUCCUCCAGCUACCGAUUCGUCCAGAACGUGACCUCGGACCUGCAGCUGGCCGCAGAGUUCGCCGCCAAGGCCGCCUCGGAGCAGCAGGCAGACGCGUCCGGAGGAGACAGCCCGAAGGACGAGUCGAAGCCGCCCUACUCGUACGCGCAGCUGAUCGUGCAGGCCAUCUCCUCCGCGCAGGACCGGCAGCUGACACUAAGCGGCAUCUACGCCCACAUCACCAAGCAUUACCCCUACUACCGGACGGCCGACAAGGGCUGGCAGAACUCUAUUCGCCACAACCUCUCCUUGAACCGCUACUUCAUCAAAGUGCCCCGCUCCCAGGAGGAGCCCGGGAAGGGGUCCUUCUGGCGCAUCGACCCGGCCUCCGAAGCCAAGCUGGUGGAGCAGGCCUUCCGGAAGCGCAGGCAGAGGGGCGUCUCCUGCUUCCGCACGCCCUUCGGACCACUGUCCUCCAGGAGCGCUCCGGCUUCACCCACCCACCCCGGGCUGAUGUCCCCUCGCUCCAGCGGCCUGCAGACUCCAGAGUGCCUGUCUCGGGAGGGCUCCCCCAUUCCACACGACUCUGACUUUGGGUCGAAGCUCGCCUCUGUUCCAGAGUACCGCUACUCCCAGAGCGCGCCCGGCUCUCCCGUCAGCGCCCAGCCCGUGAUCAUGGCUGUGCCCCCCCGACCUCCUAGUUUAGUGGCCAAGCCCGUGGCCUACAUGCCUGCGUCCAUCGUGACGGCACAGCAGCCCCCAGGUCACGCCAUCCACGUGGUGCAGCAAGCGCCCCCCGUCACCAUGCUCAGGGUGGUCACGUCCUCCGCCAGCUCCGCCAACGGGUACAUCCUCACCACCAACCAGGCCUCGGCAGGGGCCGCCCAUGAAGCCACAGGCACCGCGGUGCUGGACCUGGGCAGUGAGGCAAGAGGCCUGGAGGAGAAGCCCACCAUCGCCUUCGCCACCAUCCCCGCCACCAGCCGAGUCAUCCAGACGGUGGCUGGCCAGAUGGCCUCUGGCGUCCCCGGGCACACGGUCACCAUCCUGCAGCCGGCCACGCCCGUGAGCAUCGGGCAGCACCCUCUUCCGGUCCGGGCCGUCACGCAAAACGGAAGGCACGCAGUCCCCACCAGUAGUGUAGCCGGCAGCGCUUACGCCCUCACGAGCCCUCUACAGCUCCUGGCGGCCCAGGCCAGCUCAUCCACUCCCGUGGUGGUUGCCCGGGUGUGCGAGGUGGGGCCCGAGGAGCCGGCAGCCGCCACCACCACCACCACCACCACGCCAGCCAGCACCGUCACCUCUGCCGCCGCCACCGGGGAGCCCGAGGUGAAGAGGUCCCGGCUGGAGGAGCCCAGUGGGACUGUGAGCGCGCAGGCCGGAGUCAUCACCGCUGCCGGCCCGCAGGGGCCUGGGACCGGGGAGUGACGUCCCCCGGGAGGUGGAGUGGGACGCACGCCAAAGGGAACCGUGGGCUGGACCACGACGCCCACACCGCCGCCUGGGACCGAGCACGCGCCACACGGACAGGCCGCCCGCCCGCUCCUGACGCUCGUCCUCCUGCCGGCACCUCCUGCCCCGGCCGCGGCCGAGACUAAACAUAAACGCAUUCAGACAGCUGAUUGUAUGGCCCUGGGAUUCUUUGUUUUCCGCUCCCCGGGCACGGCUUGUCCCCAGACCUGGCGGGGGCACGGGGAGGCUACGCAUCCCGAGGACCAGGCCCCAGGCCCCGGCCGUGAGCAGAGCCGCCAGGCAGGCCUCCGAGGGACGGACGCGCACUCCGCUCCUGCACAUGCAUCGGAACCGGCGAGACAGGCGGCGGUCCGAUUUCCAGCUGUCCGUGACGUCUUCCCCCUAAAAUCGUGGCCCAGGAGCAUCCGUUGGCAUUAACUGGGGGGAGCGGGGGCUGUGGACCGAGGAGUUCUUGUCCGGGUGCCGCGUGGAAUCUGGGCUUCACCACACGUCUGAGCCCAGAGGGAUCGUCUAGUUCUGAGGUUUCCGCCUGCAGCCGCCGUGGCCGGUUCUUGCUGCCGCGUCCCCUGGGAGUGAACCCCCGCCCUCUGCCCCCUUCAAGGAGGGCAUCCGAGGUGAGCGCCGAGUGGACGACACCAGAGCCGGCCCUGCAUCCUGACGGCCUGCCCUGGGGCAGCACUGGGCGCGUGCUCAGGAGGCUGGCCCUACGCGGGGACAGCUGGAGGCAGCAGCCCAGAGCUCCGGCCGCCCCCCCAAACCGCCACCAGGAAAGCGGCUCAGGCUGCAGGCUGUGCCCGGGGCGGGAGCGGGAGCCACCUCAGAAGGAAGGGGACCCAACCACAACAGCCAGCUCGUUGGAGUGGCUCGCGCCAUCACUGCCGCGGUGUCCCCACCCCAGGUGCCAAGGACGGUGCAGGGCCUGUGCCCUCCCGCAUGGACGGGAGGACGCCUGUCGUUCUGUGGCACGAACCUCACGUGGGAAAUGCCCUUGGGAAGUCCACCUGCCGCCUCCGGGACGCCAGAGAAGCGGGCGAUGGAGUGAGCUGGCGCCGCCCUUGGUCCCCCAGCCCACAGCGCCGGUUCCUGUCCGUCAGUUCCCUCCCGUGCCUGCUGUGCACGUGGUGGCGGGCGUGAAGGAUGGGCUGGCGGAGGCCUGGCCGCGGGUCUGAGCAGGGUCCCUGCGGCUGCUUCCCUCCCUUGCGGACGUGUCACCCAGAUGCGCCUGCUCCUGACGGCGGGACCCACAGGCUGCCUCUGGGCACGGCACCACGGAGCAGGGCCGCUGGCCAUGGACACUGUCGGGUCUUCGCCUGAUCCCCUGGGUCUGGCUCCGACCCUUUUUUAUGGCUUUUGAGAUGUUUUGGUUUCUCUGUCCAUUUUCAGUGAGGACCCCGCUCGGCAGCCAGAGGGCAGGGAGAAUGGAGGGAGGGGGGCGAGGGGACGAGGGGAGGGACAAGGUCCCGACGGUGCCAUGUGCCCCUGCUGGAGCGAGGAGGGGCCGGGCGGCCAGCGCUGCACAGGGAGCACAGGCCGCGGCCCCGAGGGGCUGUGUCUCGGGCACAGACCUGUGUCCUGUCAUCUGACCACAGAGCGCGCCUGGCUCGGGCGGCAGGCCCGUCACGGCCUCUCCCCGGAAGUGUACGCCGCAGCGGAAGGUUGCCCGGUGCCCUCAGAGCUGGCCCAGAGAGGGCGCCCUGAGUCUGGUGGCCUGUGACCUGUGGUCCGUGGAGGGCGGGCCGACGCCAGCUGAGGUUGGGAAAGUGAGAAGUCUGCUGGCGCGAUCCCCGUGUCCCUACAGCCUCAGUCCGAGACCCUUCGCUGUGGUCACCUGGGGGCUCGCGUCUGCAGCAGAGGCAAGCGGCCAGGGCACUGGCUUUGGGCACGCGGGCCCCUGCUGCUGUGCUGCACGUUCCAGCUCCAACCAGAGAGCCCUGCACGGGGAGGAGGCACAGGAGUAGCUGCACACGCGGUGCGCACCCCCCGAGGCGUUCAGGGUGGUGUUGGGAGUGACGGUGUCCCAAGAGGGCGCCUGCCGGGCUGCGCCGUCUCCGUGCCCACGGCACGCGGGCGCAGGAGGCCGGCCCGUCCCCACUGAGCUCUCCCGGGAAUGCCUGCCAUGGAGGGCACAGUCUGCAGGGCCUGGGCGCUCGGCCAGGCCCCCCUCGCCCACCCCCCCUCACGCCCCGUACAAGUGUCCCUGCCGGGGCUUCUCGGCACGCGUGGGCCUGCCGGUUCUGGGUGUUUUCUUUUCCUGUGUAAGAACCGAGCCCAAUGGAAGCGGUGAGAGUGGGUCCCCGAGUCGCCAAGAGGAGGGCCCAGCGACUCUGAGGCGGGAGACGGGUUUGCUGGUCAUUCCAUGCCCUACCCCCACCCCUGGCCCCGGGGAGGCUGUGAGGUCCUGAGGUCCUGGCAUCGCUCAGGAUGCUGCUGCUGCUUCUGAGAAGGUCUCCACCUGCAGAGGGCGCUGCCUCUGUGGACAGAUGCCCCUUGCUGGUCACGCAGGCGGAGAGGAGGGGAAGGCUCCUGGGUUGGGGGUAGCCUCACUUGACGGACGGAGCGCAGGCCUCACGCAGGACAGGACACUGUUGGGUGGGAGGACAUGGCGGCGGAGGAGGGGCCCCCGGAGCUGUCAGUGCAGGAGGCAGCCAGCUGCCCCGUCUCCCCAAGCCUCAGCUCUGCUUUGCCCUUGAGGGAGUCACCGCCUCGGGGUUCACAUCCUCAUCCGGCCUCUACACCCCAACCCCUCUGAGAACACAGCUGCCCCGAGACGGGCUUCAGGGUGCGGUGCACGCCCGAUGCCAGACCACAGCGCACUACUCGUUCAGGACAAGUUCCCACAACGAUGGAGGCUCUGCCGGAGGGCCGGUGCCACCGCAGCCCGUCCCUCGUGGCUGCGCAGGGCGGGGCCGGGCCCACGCGAGUCCUGGCAGCCCCUUCCCGAUACCUCUGCCCGGAAGUAACGCUCCCACUAAGGACAAUACUCACGCAAACGUGCUGCUACGGGGCGGCCUGCAGACCGGCCCGGCGGGGGCUUGGGCGGGAGGACACAGCCGCCAGGCCUCUCGCUGCGUCUCUGUCCUUCUCUCCAGGUCGGUUCCUGUGUUUUGCAAAUUCCUGUCAUGACGGUUUCGUUCUCCAGGCCUGGCUUCCACGUUGGGCCUCGGUUCUCGGCGCAGCUCGCCCAUGCUCAGCCCCGGGUUUGGGCGAGACUUCGCCGCCUGCCUGUCCUCUCACCAAAGCUGCUACCUGGGGCCCGAGGGAGGGUCUGCGGCGGCCCCUGCGGGUGGCAGCAGUGCAUCCCCUCGGCCGUGUCUGUCCAGGCUGCCGGCUGUGCGGGCGCUGGGGCGUCAGGCCGGGCACCACCGCCCCCUCCAGCACCGCUGCUCCCCGUCCCCAUCACCCAACUCGUCACAGCUGCUUCAAAGAAUCUGGGGUCACCCCGAGCACUUCCUCGGAACUGAAAUGAGAAAUGGGCCCAUGUGGCCGACGAGGGAAAAUGUUUCUACUCUGAAGUUAAAAAGGAAAGAGCUCACCUGCUGAGCUGUCCACCCGCCGGCUCUCGGCCUGUGGGGCGCAUCCUGGCUGAGGGUCCUUUCUGGCCUGGCCUCAGCCCCCCUCUCCGGCGGGGCCGCAGCUUGGCCCGCUGCUGGGGGCCCCCCGCCCACAGCCUGAGGGCCAUGUCAGCCAGGAGUCCGUGUGGGGGCCAGGAGCCAGCUGAGUGGGUCCCCGGGGUGGCGAGGAGGUCCUGGGGUCUGAGGUCAGCCGACGGGAGGUUAGCAGGGCCCACUGCUCUGGGUGACACGCCUCACCUGUGAGUGCGGUGGCCACUGCGGGGGGGUGCCCGCCUCUGCCCGCAGGGCCUGGCCUGGAGCCUCGCCCACGCUCUGCCCACCUCUGGGCAGUGGCAGUCUGCAUGCCACGCAGGACGGAAGUGAAAUCUCUUCGCGAGCCUGGGGCGCCCAGUGGCUACUCGUUAUUUUAGAAGAGGGCUGAGGGAGUAUGUGCUUUGUGCCAGGCACCUUGCUCCCCGGGGACACCCGCUCCAGGGACCGGAGGCUCCCUGCCCUGCUGCUCAGCUGUAGCAGCCGAAACAGGAAGAGACGUCUGGCCAGUGGGAGCCGCAAGCGCGGUUCUCCACUCGGUUCCUGCCCCCGUGCCUCCAGGGCAGUGGGAAGCCACUGUCCCCUCCGCCCCGGCCACGGGCGGGCGCAGCAGAGAGGAGGAUGCCAGGCCUCUGGCUCAUCCUGUCUCUCGGGCCUCCUCUGCAGUUUGCUGGUUUGAUGCAUCCAGACAGUUAUGGCAGCUCACUCUGCGGCAGAGACAAGAAGGGAAGUCAGAGGCGGGGCCGAGGGACCCCGCAGGGGAGACAUGGGGCGUCCUGGCUGCGUGUGGGUCCACGGAUUAGGGCACUUUGACCUAAGUUUUCUCACUGAGCUGGGUCCCCAGGAGUGCGCCCUGCCCUGCCCGGCGAGCUGGAACGGGUCUGACUCUGAUGGAAGUGGCUUUUCCCUCGUGGCCUGAAGGGUGUCAAACAGCCCGCGGCCUCCUAAGCUCUGAGCCUCUACUGGUCGGGUUACCUGGUCCAGAUUUUUUUUAAUCAGUAAAAAUGAGUUUUAAAAUCUAACAUGUUAAGCUUGGCCCUCCCUUCUCCUGGUCCCCCUGAAUUGACUGGGCUCACGUUCUAACAGGACGGGGUGGGGGGAUGGGGACAGGGUCCCACUCAGAUCCGCCGAGUUCUGACCCAGCAGCUGGGCACGUGCGGGAGCGUCGAACCCAAUACUGAGAUUUUUUUAUCUGACCGAUGAUUCUGUAAAGGUAAUUGGGGGGCGGGGCGGGCGCUGUUAGGGCUGGGUGUGUGUGUGAGCGUGUUUUUACGGUGGCUGUCUAAAGUAUUUUUACAACAUGUUUAAUAAUCAGUGCUUUAAAAGCAGUGGUUUCCUACAAAGUGGAAACUAAGGUCUAAGCCUGGGAGUGAGUUCUGGCCUGGGGGCCUGGGCGGCGGGAGCCGGGCGCCUGGGGGGAUCCUGCGGCCAGGCUUUUCCAUGGGAUACAGUACUUUUUUAAAAGGAGCCAUACUUUUUUUUAAAGUUUGAGAAAUGAAUGUGAUUUCUAAUUGUCUCAGACAUUAAUGUUUUAAAGCUAUAACAAAGUUUAAAAUUUCUACAUUUCGUUUUUCAUUUAUUGUAACUGUUCUUUUAUCUAUUAAAUUGUAUGUGGAUGGGCAAGUCCUGUGUCUCCUCUUAGCAUUUGUUUCUAUAACCAGAAAUAAAGUUAUAUAUUAAAGAAAC